UGAGCUCUAUGUGCACUCCGUCUGUACACACGACGGCAAUAUCCAAGAUGAUACACUUCAAUGAAAUGUUACCAUAUUUCUUUGCCGUAUCUUGUUUCUGCUAAAGAAGACGUUUACAAGCAAGUCUAUCAAAAUAAGACGAUAGGUCUUCCCUCUUAUGAUUUGGGAAAACAAUAUUUAACGCGCUCUCCUAUCAAUUAGGCUGCCACAGGCGAACAAGGAGUUAAUUUGUCUCUGCUGAUGCAUAAACCAUCUUCCUCAUUUGGAUCGUCUGACCACGGUGAGGGUGGAUACUUUUGGUGGAGAAGCAACAGAUAUUUUGCUGAGCAACAAAUGCCUUCUUUCUGUCAACAAUACUCGUGCUUAGUAAAAUGUGCGAAAUAUUUUAGAUUGCGCUAUUCACGGAAAUUCGCUUUUUACUGUCGACGUUAAGGAUCAUGAAAGUGCAGGUGAGAGUCUGCCAGCAGUUUUUAAAUAUAUUAAUGCUCACUUUUCUUGGACAGAGAGCAAGAACAUUAAAUCCUAACAACCAUUUUUAAAUCUGACAAGUGUACCUGAUGUUGCUCCACGGCACAACGGAUCUGUAAACUACUCCUGCUGAUGGUCGUGAAAUUUCAAAAUGAAGGAAUACAACAGUUAAAUAUCUUUAUCUGCUACGUUUGAUCUACAAAGCAACAAUUUUACCACGGUCUACUGAGUAAUGGAUGACUGAUUAUUUACGCCGGAUUAAACAUUGCAUUUUUAGUUUUAGCGGUGUGGCACGGCUGGCGGAGCCCCUCAAUAACAGGUGGUUUUCAAGGCCAGAUCAAUGCUGUUGGCUAACAUUUAGUAUAGGCUAUUACGCUGAAGCGUCAGCAAUGAGAGGGCAAAGAGGAAUACAAUAGAUACGGAAUCAGAGGACACUUCUGUGAACUGAAAGAUUGACUGAAAUACUAGUUUUGUCAAUACUUUUGAAGACACUUUCCUUGGUAACCCAUCCAACGAAAUCUAUGAUUAGCUCAGUGUGUGUUUCGUCUUAUCGUGGGCGCAAGUCAGGCAACAAACCUCCGUCUAAAACAUGUUUAAAGGAAGAGAUGGCCAGGAGGGAAGACUCGGACAAAAUCAUCAUAAACGUUGGUGGCACGCGUCACGAAACUUACAAGAGCACCCUUAGGACCUUGCCAGGCACCCGGCUGGCAUGGUUGGCAGACCCAGACUCCCAGGUGAACUCGGACGGUGACACAGGGCCAAGGCAUUCUACAAAUGAGUUAUUUUUUGACCGACAUCCAGGCAUUUUUUCCUACGUAUUGAAUUAUUAUAGGACUGGAAAGCUUCAUUGUCCGGCAGAUGUAUGCGGCCCCUUGUUUGAAGAGGAGUUAGCGUUUUGGGGUAUUGAUGAAACGGACGUAGAGCCUUGUUGCUGGAUGACAUAUCGUCAGCACAGAGAUGCAGAAGAAGCUCUCGAAAUAUUCGAACCUCCCGAACCAGACGACAACGAGGACGACAGAGAACUGUCCAGACGCUUCGGCAUCGAGGACUGUCCUGAGCGGUCCAGAGGAUGCUGCGAGGUUUGGCAACCUAGAGUAUGGGCACUUUUCGACGACCCAUAUUCCUCGCGGGCCGCAAGAGUCGUCGCACUCGCCUCCCUCUUCUUCAUCCUGGUGUCCAUCACCACCUUCUGCCUGGAGACCCAUGAGGCCUUCAACAUACCCAAGUUCCACCGGGAGAAUGUGACAACGGGGAACAUCACUGUGGAGGUGGUCACCCAACAGAUGGUCACCACGCCCGGGCUGAUCAUGGUGGAGGGCGUGUGUGUGGUGUGGUUCACCUUCGAAUUCCUGGUGCGCGUGGUCUGCUGUCCCAACAAGCUUCUCUUCGUCAAGAACACGCUCAACCUCAUUGACUUUGUGGCCAUCCUGCCCUUCUACCUGGAGAUGAGCCUGAGUGGCAUCUCGUCCAAGGCGGCAUCCGAUGUGCUGGGCUUCCUGCGCGUGGUGCGCUUUGUGCGCAUCCUGCGUAUCUUCAAGCUCACGCGCCACUUCGUGGGCCUCCGUGUCCUGGCUCACACGCUGCGUGCCAGCAUCAACGAGUUCUGCCUGCUCAUCAUCUUCCUCGCCCUUGGCGUGCUCAUCUUCGCCACCAUGAUCUAUUACGCAGAGCGCAUCGGGGCACAACCGGGGGACCCACGGGGCACCAACCACACUUGCUUUAAGAACAUUCCCAUCAGCUUCUGGUGGGCGGUGGUGACCAUGACCACCCUGGGCUACGGGGAUAUGUAUCCGAAGACGUGGCUGGGCAUGAUGGUGGGCGCUCUCUGUGCCCUCGCUGGUGUGCUGACCAUCGCCAUGCCUGUGCCCGUCAUUGUCAACAACUUUGGGAUGUACUACUCACUGGCCAUGGCCAAGCAGAAGCUGCCCAAGAAGAGGAAGAAGCACAAUCCCAACCCGGACGUACCGACAGACUCGGCCUCAUUUGGGAAGUCUGACUGUAACUCCCCUCCAGACAGCACACAGAGCGAUACGUUCCCUCUGGCUGCUGAGGAAAACAGUGGACGGAGCCGCUCAGACUCCAAGCAGAAUGGGGAUGCCAAUGUAGCCCUGUCGGAGGAGGAAGACUGCGGUCUGACUCUGCCCCUGUCCCCCAGCGAGAAGUGGACCUUGCGCCGCUCCCGCACCCGUGAAAAACCCAAGAAGGAGGCCGCCUGUUUUCUGCUCACCUCCGGCGACUUCACCUGUGCCACUGAAACCACUGUCCGCACAGGUACCGGGAAAGGGGAGAGCAACGUGCAGGACAGCUUCCUGUAGCUCCAUGACCAAUAUCACGGGGAGCUGUUCCACAGUCAUGGCAGUCAUCACUUGCCCUUAGACUCCAAGGCAGAUUUCCACCCAGUUCCCUUUCAUCACCACCAUCCCAUCAAUAUCACUAAGUGUUAAAUUGACUUGUAUCGACCUUAUAAGUAGAAAGAAAUGUAAAACUGCACUAGGUUGGAGAAAUUGGGUUAUUUUUAUUUAUGGAUUCGUUUCAAAUUGGGUUAAAUUUAAUUCUGAUAUAAAGACAGUGAAGAGCACCACAGUACUUUAGAUUGAGUUGUCACCAAGCAAGAAAAGAAUACAAAAAAACCCCUCAUUUCUCCAUGACUUCAUCAUCAACGCUCAGCGCCUCUGUUUUCUAAAUAGCCCAGUCUAGCAUUCAAUAAUGAGCAUUUGCAUUCUGUAAUGAGCUUUGCCAUACUAUACCUAAUUUUCCACCUUGUGUGUCACUCACAAUAUGAUGGAAAGUGAUGAGGGAAAAAAGUUGACUCUCUGAUGAACAUUAGAGUGACAGCGAAGCGCAAAAGUAUACGUCACACUGGGAGGCAAGCUGAUUUCUCUCAUUAUCCGCACUCCUCCGUCACAAAUCUCUCUUUGCCUCAGCGACUUAUGUGCCAGCUCUGAGAUUCCCCAAAGCUUUGUUACAGACUGAGAAGGAGAGAGAGAGAGAGAGAGAGUCUAUUUCUAGGGGUAUGUAUAUCUGACUGUUUGAGCCCACAUUCCUGUUUGCAGCAUGUUGUGUGCUAUUAGCUGAUGAAUGAAUUUUUGUGAAUAUUGCAUAUAGUGCAUGUAAGAUGAUAACGCCAGGAGCCCUGAUUUGGCUAGAGUUUAAUUAGCAUCCCGUGGCGAAAGCAAUUCAUGAUAAGAUGAAGAAGGAAAGCACUAACCACAAGCCUGGAGCGGCAACAUUGGUUUUACAGAUGCAGAAGUCACUUCCUGAGAAUGUAGUGCAAUAAAAAUCCAUAUGUACUGUAUUGUCUCUGGGGCCUGUGCCAUUCAAACAUGCAUGGAGGGUGUGUCACAGGGCAGUUUCUUACCAAGGAUUCUCUUUUGUGUGGAACACUGGAUGACAACCAUGCAUGUAAUGUCCAGUGUAAUGUGAUCUACCCUGUAACCAGGGAGACAUAAAAACAGCAUGAAGAUGGCCUAUUCUGACAGCCCUCUCACCCCCACUCCCCACAAAAACAGGCAUUAGGAGCCCGUGUCCUUGACCAGACUUUCAUGCCUAUUUUCAUUUGACUAAGUUGAAUGGUGUUGAAACAUAUCCCUGAUAUUUUUAGCAAUUAGAAUUAACUGUGAAGUAUUUUGAGAGCUGAACAGCAAUUGGAAUUGGUAUAUUAUACCUACAUAAUUUGUUGACGUUUUUCAUGAAGUCUCAAUAAAACAUGACUCUUUUGACUUAAUGUACACCCUCGCACCAUGUCUUUGCUAUCAUGUCACAUUAAUAUGGCUUCUCCUCAUUGCCUUUAUGAUUUUACCUUUUAUAAUCAGCCCCCAGCUCGUCUUUCUGAACACUGCCUGAGCUCGCCUCUGUGCGACAGACCGUCCCCGCCGUGUCAUCGCAUCAGAGAGACGCCGACAGCCCCUCGCCGGCUCUCUUGUGACGAGCGUGCAAUUACGUGGUGGUCCAGUCAGCCACUGUUGCAGCGAGUCAAAUGGCAAACGUCAAUAGCGGCGGUCUCGCCAGCUCCUCGUCAGCUGUGAUGUGCUCUUACUCCCCGAGCGUCAGCUCGGCUUAAUUGCCACUAAUAGGCUUCCGUUAGCGCUGCGGGCCGAGGCUGAGGUUUUUUUCUCCUCAUGCGUGAGCCAUGCCUGAUCUAUGAUACUGCCAACCAGGGGCCUGUUUUGUAUCAGGGUGGAGCGGGAGGGUAGACACAUGCUGGCUCGCCCCUGGGCCUACUGUACAUGAAGGAACAUGUAGCUGUUUAAUACCAACGGGAUAACUGGCUGAUUUUAUGCAAGCACAUCCUUGCCAUCCACUAAACAUUUCCACAUCAUACAUGUGUUUGUGUGUGUGUGUGUGCCUGCGUGUGUAUGUGAGUGAGUGAAGAAGUUCUUUCUGGCACUCCUAACCCAUAGAGCUGCAAAGAUGCCCUCGCUACCAUCACAAAUUAUGUCAAAGCUGAGGUGACCACUGUAACUUGAGGGUGAACGGCUAUGGUGGGGAAAGAUGCCAGACUGGAAAGAGAACACAAGGGGUUUUUGUGUGUGUGUGUGUGUGUGUGUGUGUCCACUUCCACAGAGGGUUUUCUCUGUGAAGACAGCACUUUCAUUCCGUAGCAGAACAUGUCCCACUUCCCAUGGCAUCGUCAUGUUCACGUCUCCAUGUCUCUCAACGCAUACCGCAUAUUCUGCACGACCCAAUGCUGUCCAUUGUAUCCUGAAAGCAAGUGAACAUCAAGUCUUUGUCAUAUUUAUGGAACCUCGGGUGUGUUUGACUAUGUGAAGUAAUUUCUCUGAUGCUGUUAACGUUGUUAACAUGUUUGGUUGAUGUUGUUAUUGUUGUUGUUGAACACAGUUGUCAGUCUCCCUCUCCAUGGGUUUCUCAGCAAUAUUUUCAGUCAGUCUGCAGUCAGCAGUUUAACACCUUGCAUUUGUGAACAAUAAUGUUGAAAGUGUGCAAUAUAAGGUCCAGUCUUCAUGUUUAUUGAUGUUUUCAAACACACACACACACACACACACACACACACACACACACACACACACACACAUACAAAAAGCUAUGUUAUCAUAUAAUGUGCAGUAAAUGAAAUGUGUUUUGAUAAAUUCCUUGUAAAUUUGUGACUUACCGGUAGAUCUAGAACUUGACAUCAUGGUAAUGAAUUGACACUCUGGUUAAGGAUUCAAGCAUUUGUUUUGACUAAUCUGGCAUAGUGUUUGAGACAUAGCAGCCCAGGGAGGUGUGUCUCUGCUUUAUGUCAUGCCAGCUCUCUCUGGCAAAGCUCAGACAUUCAACAGUAAUGUGUCUAAAACAAUCUUCUACCUGGGUGACCAUUUCACUAUAGAGCGAGAAUGAGAAUGAGAUAAAGAGAAAAAUAAUGUGCUUGUUGCAUAUGAUUCUAAGACUAUUCUAAGACAUUCAAAGACUAUUUCUAUGAACCAUUUGAUAUCACUGGUUGACAGAGGACCAACACUUCUUACAUUAUUUAGCAUAUCUUAUCACCACUGCUGCAAAACCUUACUUCCAGUUGUGCCUAAAGUAGUUAAUCUCAGCUUCCCAGCUCUCUGUUGAAAUUAUGAUUACACUUGCACAGAAUUCAGUGAGGACACACCAAAAGUAUUCUCCUUUUCCUAAUAUCUGAUAGCCUGCCAUGGUUGCCUUAUGUUGAUUACACCAACAGAUAAUGAACUGAGAUAAUUAAUUUAACCCAAAACCCCCUUUAUUUUGAAGUUUGUAAAUAAAAGCACAGUCAUAUGUAGCACAGUAUGUUGAAUCUUUAAGAGUAUAUAGGAAAAAAAAUACAGUACCUUCUCGUCUACUUUCGCAGAAAUUAUGCGAAAUACUGAAGACAUACACACAGUGGUUCCUCAUGAUGAGUUGUGUAGUGGUGACUGUACAAAAUGAAAUAGAACUGUAAACUGUUGUAUGUCUGAUGCUGUGCUGUUAUUUUCUUGUAUCAUGUAGACAGGUAUUUCUCUGCUAAAAUAUACAAUUAAAAUGUUUCCUAUAUCAACAAA